GGGGAGGAGCGAGUGGAGUCUUCAGGAAAUACAUACAAAAUGCUGGUGGAACUCAUCUGUGGAGAAGAGUAGAGGAUCACCGUUGCGGGCCCCGACCCGUCGCCGGGAGACUGGGCUGUCGGAGACCAGCCGGCGAGCAGCGAGAGGAGAGGCGGACUGAUCGGAAACUCCGCCCCGCCUGAGCGGCAGAGCGUGAAGCGGAGCCGGGGGCGUCUGGAAGGCUCGGCGGCCGUCGGGCUCCCGGGGUAACGCGGCGGGGAUGAAGGGCAAGCUGUUCGUGGCGCUCAGCUUCUCCUGCGUCCUCAGCGGGCUGCUGCUCUACAACCGCGCUGGCGGCGGCCUGGGCCAGUGGAAGCAGGCGGCGACCACGGAGCGGGUCAAAGACGUUUCAACUCCAGACAAUGUGACAGUGGUCCCCAAACCUUCCAAAGCUGGCCAGUUGGAAAAGUGUCCAAAUGAUCCACCGGAACUUGUUGGCCCCCUGAGGAUCGUGUUUGAUGAGGAGCAGACAUUGGAAGAGAUAGCUAAAUUAAAUACAUACGUGGCAUUUGGAGGACGGUACAAGCCAACUAACUGCACCCCUCUGCAACGCAUUGCUAUCAUCAUUCCAUUCCGCAAUCGUGAUCACCACCUGAGACACUGGCUCUACUAUCUUCUCCCGAUCCUACGCCGGCAGCAGGGAGAUUUUGGCAUUUAUAUUAUUGAGCAGGCUGGUGAUGGAACGUUCAACCGAGCCAAGUUGCUCAAUGUGGGAUUUGCGGAAGCUUUGAAAGAGAACGAAUAUGACUGCUUUAUAUUCAGCGAUGUUGAUAUUAUACCGGAGAACGACAAGAAUCUUUACCGCUGUAGCGCAAAUCCGCGUCAUCUGGCCUGCGCAAUGGACAAGUUCAAUUAUCGGUUACCAUAUACUGGCUAUUUCGGAGGGAUUGUGGCUUUUACCAAGGAGCAGUAUUUGAAGAUAAAUGGUUUCUCCAAUAAUUAUUGGGGCUGGGGAACUGAAGAUGACGACACAUACAUGAGAGUGAAAUUGAAUGGCAUGACUGUUGACCGGCCUGAUAGCAACAUUGCAAGAACCAAAAUGAUACGACAUGAAAGAGACAAAGGAAACGAGGUCAAUGAGAAAAAUUAUGUUGUUUAUAACAGGAUGAAAUUUACAAGGCACCAUGAUGGCUACAAAUCCCUUAAAUACUCAGUCAUCAAAAUAGAAAGAACACAACUUUUCACGAAGAUUACAGUCGAUAUUGGAAAACCUCCAUCGUAGAGAACUGGAAGAGUGCCUUUACCACCACCAUUACGAGUGGAAUUAACCAAAGAAGAGUGUGUGUGUGUGUGUGUGUGCUGCCUCGGACCACUGUUCAGACACUUAAACACACUAAUACACAUGCAAAAUGACUCAAGUCUCUUCACUUUAAAGGAGAUGAUCCAUCGUCUCUUGCUUCCGUGGAUAUGGGGGAAGAGGCUAUUAAAGUAUGUCUGCCACAACCUUUUCUUGGGGAGAGAGAGGGCUCCUAAUGCUGCUCAUAAUGAAAAUAGCAAGAGAUUGUGAAUGAGCUCUUGCUCUUGACUCAGUGAUAUCUUGCAUUAAUUCUGUCAUUCAUUUUUCAAGUAUUUUUCACUUUUUGUUUGGACAUAAAGGGGUGGGAUCUGUUUGAUUGUAGGAUUCGAGGAUGAUGACUUGCAGGAAGCACUCUCUCAUUUGCAGCUUCUCCUCCACCUUUAUCUGGCUAGUAACCAAGUCUAAGGAGGAGGGAUGGGAAUUCUUUGGUCCCUCUUGGACUCUGUCAACUCUUGGGAAUGACUCGUGUUUUGUUUUGCUAAUUGGUUAGUUUUAUUUUUCCUGGAUGACAUUAGGUUCAUUGUUGGCGUGUGGGAUGGUUCUGCUGAUGAUGGAGAGCAGAAGUCUAUCGCAGUUUGUAUAGGUUGUCGCCACCCACUUCCUCACUCUCGUACACCCCCCCCCCCACCACCACUAACACCACAGCCACACAUCACAUCACCCGUGUCCAAAGUGACCUUGACUGUUGCAUCCAUCAUGCUGGCACUCAGCUCUCUGUUAAUUUGCAGAGGCCCCGUCUCUGGAAAGGUGCUGAUCAAUGUCGAGUAAUAUUCCUUUGGCACAAUUUAUCUUUUUGCUCUUCACAAAAGUGCCCGUUUGUAGCAUGUGAUAUCCAAGAUGAGUGUAAUCCAGUAAUAGUAGAUUCAAGUCUUAACUCAAAAGUUGAGAUGCGAGCUUUCCGAUCGGAAUUGAGGCGGGGAGACCUGGCUGGAAUUUCUUUUGUUGUAGAGACAAGGUUACUCAGAUACACAAUCAACCUUAACCAUCUCUGUACUGAGCAUGCAUUGAAUCUGUGAUCUUGUGUAACUUUCGGACUCAGUCUUCCACUGAGCAGAGUUGUUACCAGAUGAGCACCUUGAAAUGAACACUAUUUUUAUAUAAUGUGUUCUCCAACUUUAUAUUCCAUGUUUACAAGGCAUUCUGUAAAUUUCAUAAUCAUGGAAGUUGACCAACUCAAUUUUUGCUUUGCAUCCUCUUUAACAUCCUCCAAUUUAUGUUUGAAAUAUUUGCAACUACGCUAUUUAACUGGGAUAGGGAGAGGUGACUGAAAUCUUUUUAAUCCUCCAAAUAGAGUGUCCACCACCCACGUUCCUGGAGCAUCAUUGUUCACUUUACUUCCAGCCAAUGGCAGUGAUGAAAAACUCAUUGAAAGCAUUCUGACCAUCGUGCAAGGUCUCUUGCUUUUGAGUUGCUGGACUGUUCAUAACUUUUUUUAAAAAAAAAAGCAACAGUUGUAAAUGAACCAAAGAUAACUCUGCAAAAAUGUAUAAAUUAAACCUAUUUGUAAAAUGGAAUGAUAUUUAUUUAAAUAUACAGCAGAGUGAGGAAGCUGAAACUCUGCAGGUUUUAUGGCAAUUGUAUUAUGAAUGAUAAUGAUGUGUGAAAUAUAUUUUUAAUGGACUGUU